AUGUUUGGCUUGACUUCGUCGUUAUGGAUUCGUGAGGGUGGCCCGAAGCCUGCAUUUCUUGCUGUGCAAAGUGCUGAAGAUGCCCUCAGCAAACUACUUCGACGAUUACCCUCUCUUUUGAGAGAGGGUGCCCAGGAACUUGACGGUUUGACUUCGGAAUUCUUGGAACUCUUGGGGUGGCGCUUCGCCCAGACCGGGAUAAAGGGUCAACCGUAUGAAGAAACGGUACUCGCAAUGCAGCUGGACGUCAGCCGCCUCCACGAGGGUGUUGCGGCACUAGCCAACAAAGAAGGCCGUGUUAAGCGCAUUGCCGAGAUGCUUGGUAACAUCUUUGACCGAGGUACCCUUGGCAGACAUGAGGCACAGGCUGUCUUGAGCACCACGCCGCCGAGAAUCCUUCGCAUUGACCCGCGACCGCCCAUCCAUGUUUGGACGGACGGUGCUUGGGAAGACCCUUGGGCGGGAAUAGGUGCGGUUGUUCUAGACACGCUAGACGAUAGCGCUAGGGUUUUUGCUGGUUGUGUGCCCACUAAGCUUUUGGAGCGAUGGAAGCUGGAUGUGGGAUCGCAGCUUAUAUGCGAAAUCGAACUCUACGCCUUGGUCACUUUGCGUCGUAUGCUCCAAAACAGCCUGUGCAACCGAAGAGUCAUCUUCUGGCUGGACAACGAAGCCGCACGCACAUCAGCAAUCAAAGGUUUGAGCAAGAGCGAAUCCAUGUAUCGCUUAGCCCACUAUCUUGCAGUGAUUGAGGCUGAGGCUCCUUGCGUUGCAUGGUACGAGAGAGUGCCAUCCUUUUCAAACGUGGCCGACCCUCCCUCACGAGGUGAUGGGCAAAGCAUACUCAGCUUGGUAGGCGCCAAGGUUGUAGAAGCUUUCAUCCAUGAUGAGAGUUCUAACCAGAGAUUUCUUCAUCAGGGGUUCGCGUGA